AUGCAUCCAUCCAUCCCUUUCAAUUCGCUCUUUAACUUUUCAUCACCAUCAGUUAAGCGUCUUCUGGGUUGGAAACAAGGCGAUGAGGAGGAGAAGUGGGCUGAGAAGGCCAUUGAGUCGCUUGUGAAGCGUCUGAAGAAGUCAAAGGGCGCCAUCGAAGACCUGGAGUACGCCUUAUCUCAUCCGGGACAGCCCUCCAAGUGUGUCACCAUUCCUCGAUCUCUCGAUGGCCGCCUGCAGGUCUCCCACCGUAAGGGCCUUCCACAUGUCAUCUACUGCCGAGUCUGGCGUUGGCCUGAUCUGCAAUCGCAUCACGAGUUGAAGCCAAUGGAGCACUGCCUCUUUCCCUUCUCCUCAAAGCAAAAGGACGUUUGCAUUAAUCCGUAUCACUACCGACGAGUUGAGUCACCGAUACUGCCACCAGUGCUGGUUCCCCGUUACUCAGACUUUCCAAACACUCUGAACAACAACAACGGCGCUGUUCCCAGCAUGCCCAGCAAUGUCACCUACAACAGCGACAGUGAGUCAUUCUGUCCUUCUCCCAGCUCUUUGAUGUCAUCCCCAUCGCCUCCAUCUUCCAAUGGGCCCUCUUCGCCCUUCAUGUCCAUGAUGGCCGACUCGCCCCCGCCGGCGUACACUCCGCCGCAUCACGUGGAGAUCACUCCUGACGUGCAGCCUAUCGCCUACUCUGAGCCCAAGUACUGGUGCCAGAUUGCCUACUACGAGCUCAACUCGCGAGUCGGCGAGAUGUUCAGUGCGCAGACCAGUUCGGUGACCAUUGACGGUUUCACCGACCCCACCACCAACAACCACCGAAUGUGCCUCGGUCUGCUGUCCAAUGUGAACCGCAACUCGACCAUUGAGAACACCCGUCGUCACAUUGGCAAAGGCGUCCACCUGUACUACGUCGGCGGCGAGGUCUUCGCCGAGUGUCUCUCCGAGUCGGCCAUUUUUGUUCAGUCACGAAACUGCAACCGCUCCAAUGGCUUUCACCCCACCACCGUCUGCAAGAUUCCCAGCGGCUGUACGCUGAAGAUCUUCAACAAUGCCGAGUUUGCGGCGCUGCUCUCGCAGGCGGUCAAUGAGGGCUUUGAGUCGGUCUUUGAACUGGUCAAAAUGUGCACCAUUCGAAUGUCAUUCGUCAAGGGCUGGGGUGCAGAGUACCACCGCCAGGACGUCACCUCCACGCCCUGCUGGAUUGAAAUUCACCUCAGCGGCGCCCUGAUGUGGCUCGACAAGGUGCUCACCCAGAUGGGCUCACCCGCCAAUGCGAUCUCAAGUGUCUCCUAA